GGGGAAUCCACCACAGCGAGAAGACAACAGAGAAACGUAAAUGCAGUGUUGACGGUUUCUUCUCGACUUGAACCGGUAUUAUCUGACUAUUUCACCUGUACAGGACUCGACUUCAUCAGAAGCUCAUCUCAGGUCGACUCCCGCGUGGACGAAAAGAAGAGGCCCAUUCAUAACCUUUGAAAAUGACGGGCUAUCUAAACGAGACUCAAUGAACUGGAGAAACCGGAAGCCGUUUAAUCUGGCCGUAAAUUUGAUAUUGUUUUAAAUUACAUGAAAAGACCAAAUAAACAUAACAGCAUAGAAGAAAACACAAACCAAAGACGUUUGGCACUGGAGACGAGUAGGCUUAAAGCACGCUUGUUUUUGGAGGCGUUAAAUGUCGCCACACCUCUAAACGCCCGCGGCUGUGAGGUAUGUUGUCAAACUGGAAUGUCGCGUACGUGAUGAGUUUCGCUGUAAAUGAAACAGCACCAAGACGGGAAUUCUCUGGAGAAGUCUGAAAGCGUUUUAACCUAUGGUUUUAGCCCUCAAAGUUUACCUGUACGGAGCACUAGAGAGAAUUAAGAAGGUACAAUGCUGGGGUUUUCAGUAAUAUGUUUGAGCUUCUUAUCCCUGCUGCAUCUUGUUUGGGGCAGAGUGAUCUACAAUGGAAAUGAUGUUUUCUUAGAAGAAAAGUCAGCAGAUUCGUUUCUGUCCCGUAAACUGCUUUAUAACAGUUGGGAUUUCGAGGCAGUGGUGCCUGGCAAUCUAGAGAGAGAAUGCAUCGAGGAAAUCUGCUCUUAUGAAGAGGCCAGAGAAGUGUUUGAAGAUGACAUAAAGACGGCAGUUUUUUGGAAAGACUACGUCAACAGUCAUAAGAAGGUGACUGAAGUUGAUGUGGCUGGUCUGUCAGCUGGCAUCGUGGCUGCUGUAUUGGUAGUGAUUAUAGCCACUGUGCUGGGCGUUUAUUGCUACAAGAACAGAGGCAAAAAUGCAAGAGGGGGCAGUGUUCCUGUGCGAAUGGGAGCGGACGGGCAGCCAAUACCUGAAUCUGUGCCCCUGUCUGGUAUUGCGGCUGCAGGUCUCCCCUCAUACAAUGAGGCUCUGACCCACAGUGGCCAGCAUGACGCACCUCCACCGCCAUACUCCGGGACGACUCCAACUGCGCCGCCGUAAUCUUAAAAUGAGGAAUGAGCAAGAUAUUUUAAUGAGCAAGAAGAAUUUUACGAGAUGGAUUUUAUUUCACUGGAGUGCACAGCUACAACGAGUUAGUGGUCAUGCGCCACAGACAAAUGUAGUUUCAGUCACUGUUUGGCUAACUUAUUCCACUUAGGCUGUCUGUUUAGCAGCUUGCCUUUUUAUUACAUUAUUUUGCUACCAAAGGCUUUAUUGUGAAAUGCCAAUGUUUUCAUGAAUCAAGUUUGCUUCAUUUUUAAAAAGUUGUGUAGACAUUUUAAAUGUUCAUUGUUAAUAAAAUAACUAAAUAAACCUGA